AUGGCACACCAAAGUCUCGCCAAAGACCUGUUCGAGGACAUGGGCCGAAAGGUCGCAGAAGCCAGCGCACAGGAGGGCGAUGUAGAUGGCACCAAGGUGGUGGAUGAGAUCGAGAGUCUGUGCAUGAACUGCCACGAGGAUGGCAUGACGCGCCUCCUUCUCACCAAGAUUCCCUUCUUCCGCGAGAUCGUCAUUAUGUCUUUCGAGUGCCCCCACUGCCACUUCAAGAAUUCCGAAAUACAGCCUGCCGGAGAGAUACAACAACGUGGAAGCAGGUUUACGCUCAAGGUCGAUGGCAGCGACGACCUCAGCCGCCAGGUCGUGAAGAGCGACACUGCUGUAUUCCGAGUUGAGGACAUCGAUCUCGAAAUCCCCAAAGGCCGAGGACAAUUGACAAACGUGGAAGGUAUCCUGGCAAUGGUUGCCCAGGACUUGAGCGUGAAGCAAGACGAGAGGAAGCAGGCCGUUCCAGAGGUAUACGAAAAGAUCGAGGGUAUCAUCAGUGCACUCAAGGACAUGGCCGCUGGCUCAAGAUUGCCUUUCACGAUCACCAUCGAUGACCCAGCUGGUAACUCCUCUAUUGAGCCAACCACUAGCGAUGCUGCAGGAAAAUACUCACGUCAUGAGUACCCUCGCACGGCCGAACAGAACACUGCUUUGGGGCUUGGUGACACCUCAGGAGAAGCACCAGCCACCGAGAUUCGCCCAGAGUACCAUGCCACACAAAUGUACCCCGAGAUGCCUGCCGGACAGGCGACCAACAAUGUUGAUGAGGAUGAAAUCAUCGAGAACCAGGUUUAUGCCUUCCCUGCGACCUGCCCCGGCUGCACAAAGCCAUGCACCACCAACAUGAAGAUGGUUAACAUCCCUCAUUUCAAACAAGUGGUGUUGAUGAGCACUGUGUGCGAUCAUUGCGGAUAUCGCAGUAAUGAAGUGAAGACUGGUGGUGAGGUGCCUGAAUUGGGUCGCCGCAUCAUUGUCACCGUAGAUGACAAGGAAGAUCUUUCAAGAGAUAUCUUGAAAGCGGAGUCAUGCGCUAUGCAAUGCCCGGAGCUGAACCUUAGCGUAGAGCCAGGAACUCUUGGAGGUCGUUUCACUACCAUUGAGGGUAUCCUCACCCAGGUUCGAGACGACCUUCGUUCUUCCAUCUUUGAUGCUGGCGAUGGUGGCGACUCGCUCGAUACCACAACCAAGGACAAGUGGGACAGCUUCUUUGGCCAGCUUACAGAGGCCAUCGAGGGCAAGAUCAAGUUCACUAUCAUUCUCGAGGACCCACUGGCCAGCAGUUACGUCCAGAGCUUCACUGCUCCGGAGCCUGAUCCGAAGAUCAAGGCUGAAGACUACGAGCGUACCGAUGAGGAAGAGGAGCAUCUUGGUCUCAAAGACAUCAAGACCGAAGGGUACGAGGAAGACGCGGAAACGAACGGCGAUGCGCCGACGACCAAUGGAGCAUAA